CUCCGUUCGUCUCUUCUGCUAUAAAAACACUACCAUCGGCCUCUUUCUCCCGACUACCAUCUUCACUUACUACUGCCCACCGCCCUCUUGUUGUAUCAUUAUUGAUAUUGUUACUGCGGCUGCUGUUGUUUGGCUUUAUGGAUGGGAACAGAGAGCAAUGGCGCGCGGAAGCCGCGCUAGCAUACGGCCUUCGGCCGCCGGAGGUCCCCAAGGACCCCAUGGAGUUCUUGUCGCGGUCCUGGAGCGCCUCCGCGCUCGAAGUGUCCAAGGCCCUGGGGCCGCCGCCGCCACCUCCUCCGUCGCUGCUCCCACCGCCGGCAGGGGCGAUUCCAGAGGAGGAGCCAGAGGAGCUGGUGGUGGUCGCUGGGAAUCCGUUCACCUUCGCGUCGUCUGCCACCUCGCAGAUGGUGAUGGAGCGGAUAAUGUCCCAGUCGGAAGUGUCUCCUCUGACGUCUGGCCGGCUUUCUCACAGCAGCGGCCCUCUCAACGGCGGCGGAUCGCUCUCGGACAGCCCUCCCGUCUCCCCCUGUGAAAUGGAUGACCUUAAGUAUUGCCGGGCAAUUGCGACGCCCAAACCGCAGCACUACAGAGGGACGAGCAAGACCGUGGGAAGGUGGCUCAAGGACAGAAGGGAGAGGAAGAAAGAGGAGACCCGGGCCCAGAAUGCACAGCUCCAUGCCGCAAUCUCGGUGGCUGGGGUUGCUGCAGCGGUGGCAGCCGUUGCAGCCGCCACCGCUGCCGCCUCAGGGUCUGGUAAAGAUGACCGCGCGGCCAGGAUCGAUAUGGCGGUCGCGUCGGCUGCCACCCUCGUCGCCGCACAGUGUGUGGAGGCUGCCGAGUCCAUGGGGGCCGAGCGCGAGCACCUGGCGUCAGUCGUCGGCUCUGCUGUUAAUGUCAGGACUCCCGGAGAUAUCGUUACUCUUACAGCUGCUGCUGCAACUGCAUUACGAGGGGCGGCAACCCUGAAGGCUAGGGCGCUCAAGGACGUGUGGAACAUAGCUGCUGUCAUACCAGUGGAGAAGGGAGCCAUGGGAAACCACAACAAUCACCACCGCAACAAGCAACAGAAGGACUUGGAAAGCAAUGGCAGCAGUUUCGGCGAUGAGUUCGUCCCAGAGGAAGAUAACUUCUUAGGCCUCUGUAGCCAGGAAUUCCUCGCCAAGGGGACUGAUCUGCUCAAACGCACCCGAAAAGGUGCACUUCACUGGAAGUUAGUCUCAAUCUACAUUAAUGGCGUGGGUCAGGUCAUGCUUAAGAUGAAGAGUAGGCAUGUUGCUGGGACAAUCACUAAGAAGAAGAAGAAUGUAGUUGUAGAAGUCUGCAAGGAGAUCCAGGCAUGGCCGGGCCGACAUCUGCUCCAAGGUGGCGAGCAGCGCCGCUACUUUGGCUUGAGGACCGCGGAGCACCGUGUCAUCGAGUUCGAGUGCCUGAGCCAGAGGGAGCACGAGAUGUGGACUCAGGGAGUGUCGCGCCUGCUCAAUAUCGUCAACGAGAAGAAGCUCCUCACCUGAGGAAGGAAUGCUGCACGAUCCAUCUUAACUUAAGAUCCGGAUAAGAAUGCAUGUGAAGCUAAUUCCAUCUCUCCAUUUGUAAAGAGUGCAAGGGAAGAUAAUGAGAUCAAUCAUAAUGGUUAUUUACUAGGUACAUAUCCAUUCCUUGUUCUUGUUGAAGUGUUUGGGGGUAUAAUACAUAUACUUAAACAGGAAAGAAGGAAGAAAAGAUUGUGGCUGGCACAAUCUUUGACUGCUACAAAGCAAGUCAAGUCAGUGGAGAGAUAUUAUGUUUGGAUUAAGCCUAAAUGUCUUCUUGUCACAGACUGAUUGUUAUGUUUAACCUUACUAUUUCAUGAGUUGGGUUCAGGUUUAAGAAUUAAUAUGGUAACUUUUGAGUCCCAUAAAUGUAUCAAAUUGUGUCAUUACUUGAUUGAUUAGGUUGUAAACAUGAAGGUUUGGUUUGUACUAUCAUAUCAAAUUGGUUAAGAGGGUUGGAUUUGGAUUGA